AUGCAGCACUCCCAACUGGACCCUCUGCCAUCCGACCUUCCCUUCAGGGUUGUGUCCAAGACCAUUGGUAGAGGGGCAUAUGCAUCCAUCAGGAAGGCCGUUCCUCUCGAGGCACAGACACCAGUCUUCGCCGUCAAGUUCAUUCAUAAGGACUACGCGAUCAAAAAUGGCCGCAUCUCAGCAAAACAGAUCGCCAUGGAGGUAUCGCUUCACUCUCACAUCGGGCAACAUCCCAACAUCAUCGAGUGGUUCGCUACCGGAGAGGACGCCGUGUGGAGGUGGAUAGCCAUGGAGUUUGCUGACGGCGGAGAUCUGUUCGACAAGAUUGAGGCCGACCGGGGCGUGUCCGGAGACAUCGCCCAUGUCUAUUUCUUACAGCUCAUCAGUGGUGUCAGCUUCAUGCACUCCAAAGGCAUUGCACACCGUGACUUGAAACCAGAGAACAUAUUGCUCUCAGACAGCGGUAACCUGAAGCUGGCGGAUUUUGGCAUGGCGACUCUGUUUCAGUACAAAGGCAAGACCAAGGAGAGCACGACCAUGUGUGGCAGCCCGCCGUAUAUUGCUCCCGAGGUGCUCCGCUGUGCCUCUGGCGACAAGUCUAUGAAAUAUCGCGCCGACUUGGUGGAUAUUUGGUCAUGCGGUGUCAUCUUAUUUGUGCUUCUAGUCGGGAAUACACCGUGGGAGGAGCCGACUGAGAAGAAAUGGGAGUGGCGAGAGUACAUCCGGACCAACGGCCGAAGCACUGAUGAGUUGUGGGAGAGGGUGCCAUCAGAAGCGUUGUCUCUUUUGCGCGGCAUGAUGAACAUCGAGGUCGAAAAGCGCUUCACGUUUGCGCAAAUACGACAGCAUCCCUGGUAUACCCGACACAACGAGCUUCUUACCUCAGACGGCAGGGUCUUGGAUCCAAUACAACUGGCUACCCAGAUGCUCGCGAACCUUCGUAUCGACCUCACGCAACAGCCAACCCCGUCUCAGAGGGCAAAUGCCGACUUCAUGGAACUGGACAGCCAGCCCACUGCGGCCGACUUCACAGCCAAGUUUUCAGCGACACAGCCAGAGACACCAAUCAACGAUGUCGCAUUUGAUUGGGAAAGGCCAACCAUGCGGUCCAUUAAUGGAGCCAUUUCAUCGACUCAGCCCGCUGCAGGUGCCAACCUCUCCGUUGGCAGCAGAACGAGCCACUCGUUCGAUGUGCUGGCAGAUGAGCCGACAAUGAGCCAAUUCAGCCACACACCCGGCGUCCCCGUCAGCUUGACACAGCAUGCGCGCCGUUUCAGAGAUAUCGUGCCUGCCUACUCACUCACACGUUUUUACUCUCAUAUGCCGGCACAACUCCUAGUUCAGAUGCUGAGUGACGCGUUACACCAGCUGAACGUCCCGCUGCAGCCCCCGGUAGUGAACUUGCAUUCGAGGGAUCAUAUCACUUCGAUGAAGGUGAAGACAGUAGACGGGCGAAACCAAAGCCUCCACGGUGAGAUCAUGGUGGACAUGUUCAUGAUACCCGACGGCUCCGGCGCAGAGCUGCUCGAGGUGCGGUUCGUCAAGAUCAAGGGCGACCCGCUGGAAUGGAGGCGGCUAUUCAAGAAGAUUGCGCUGCUUUGUAAAGAUGGCAUUUACAAGAACGAGUAG